AGUUACAAUGUUCAAUGUUCAUCAUAUAUUGUACAAGAUGGGGAAGACUUUGAAAAUUUCAGGAUAAUACAGUUAGUGGAUUCUCCUGUCCAAGUCAGAGGAUUCCUAUAUACCAUUGAGGAAUAAGGUUCUAAAUUUGCCAGAUUAAAGAAUAUAAACAAGGGAAGAAAAAACGAGCCGCUCCAAAACAAAAGAAUAUAACUUGCAGAUAUAAUAUAAAAUUUCUGUGCAUUUAUUCUGGUACUUAGUGCAAUAUGUGAGAUGUUCUUAAAAGUUCAGUUCAGAGGAUUCAAACUGGAAGUUUUGUUCUCAGUUGAGAAAGUGGACCACAGGACAGGAAGGACAAUAUCUUUUUUGAGUUGCUACGAAAAUUAGAUUAGGUUGCGUUCGUUGUUGGCUGUGUACAAGAUUCUAUGUUCUCUCAACUUUUCAUCACUUCUUCCUCUCUUCCCUAUAAAAGCUUCCCAUUGCUUGUUUUUCUUUUCCCUAUAAGGAUUGGUGAAAAAGAAUAGAAGAUAAUCAUAUUUCUCAAGAAUUUAUACAAGAUAUUAAGCAGAAGAAGCACGAGCAAAGUUCAGAACAACCAAGACUCUGCCUUGUAAUUUUGCAACAGAGGCAAACAUCUAUCUUCUCAGGACGUGAACCAUCACCAAACCAAGCAACGAUGUUUUCCUCUCCUAGAAUGUCGGCUCCCCAAGAAAGGCAGCUCUUCCUGCAAGGUGGAAAUGGCUCAAGAGAUUCAAACCUUGUGCUCUCAACUGAUGCAAAACCUAGAUUGAAAUGGACACAUGAUCUACAUGAACGAUUCGUAGAAGCAGUAAAUCAGCUCGGGGGUGCAGAUAAGGCUACCCCGAAAACAGUCAUGAAGCUUAUGGGAAUUCCAGGACUGACUUUAUACCACCUAAAAAGCCAUCUUCAGAAGUACAGACUAAGCAAGAAUGUACAUGGACAAACCAUUAGUGGGCCCAACAAAGCUGUUGUCAUGUCAGCUGAGAAAAUGCCUGAGCCAAAUCCUUCCCAUACAAGUAGCAUCAACAUUACUCACCAACCAAACAAGAACCUACAUAUAAAUGAAGCAUUGCAGAUGCAAAUCGAGGUUCAAAGAAGGCUACACGAGCAGCUAGAGGUACAGAGACGUUUACAACUGCGUAUAGAGGCUCAGGGAAAAUACCUUCAGUCGGUCCUGGAAAAAGCCGAGGAAACACUUGGUAAGCAGAAUAUUGGCGUAGUUGGUCUGGAAGCAGCGAAACUGCAGCUCUCAGAAUUAGUUUCGACAGUAUCCAACCAGUGCUUAAACUUGGCCCUUGCAGAGAUGGCAGAAGAACAGCAGGGGAUAACCCCUAAGCAGCAAAUCCAACCCCACAAACUGAUGGGCAAUUGUUCGAUUGAUAGUUGCUUAACCUCCUGUGAUGGAAUUCAGCAAUUAGAGCCUGAUAUGCAAAAUAGUGAGAUAGGGCUAAGACCUUAUAAUGAUUCCGGGUUCUUGAAAGGAAAUGAUAAUAAUGAAAAUCUAAAAGACCACGCUAACAUGCUAUUCCCUACAACAACACAGCAAGACACAGACAAAAUGAUGUUCCGAGUGGAAGGAGCCUGCAAUGAUUUGUCUAUGAGUGUUGGGAUUGGAGGAGAUACACGGGAUGAGCUUGAGAAAAACACAUUUCAGCACAAUAAUCUGAACUACAAACUCAGUUCAUUUAGUGGAGAUCUUGACUUGAAUGCACAAGAUGAAACUGAUGCCCCUACAAGCAUCAGGCACUUGGACCUCAAUGGCUUAAGCUGGACAUAAGUUCUACCUUAUCAUCAAGAACGAGUGGUUCAGAAUAACCAACCAUUAAUCACUUCAAUGGGAGUAUGGGGCUCUCGAGAACAAAACGAUUGACAACGUAGCUGUCACAGAAUUACAUGAAUUUAUUACAUACUUUUGUAUGAACUUGCCCCACGAUUCGAUUUGUGGGGGUUUUCUUCAUCAUGUGUUUUGUACGAGAAAUUAAUAUAAAUGGCGAUUCAAUUGACAGAAACACAGUAUAAUAUUAAUAAUCUAAACAAGAAAAUUAUCUCGAAUUAUUUCCUUUCAACUUGUACACCCGACCCCCUACCUCUCCUAUGCAGAGCCACUUUAACAGCCUCAGACAAUGUAGUAUUGUUGCAGCAAGCCAGCAAUCAUUAAAAUGGCUAUCUGAAAAACAAAAGAUCCCAAAAAUUUUCAUAGAAGCAUUUCAUCAAACGCGUGGUGUGCGACUUAACAUAUUGCACAAAAUCAACAAAACAGAGCUAUUCCCUUCAUCAUAUAAUCAUUGCUCUUCAUCAUUCCGCAAUGUUUUUAAAGUAACAGACAUAAAAAUGUAAAACUGAAAAACAAUAAAAUUGUAGGGUUUGGAUUCACAACAUAAGUUUCCAAAAAUGAAAAGUGAAAACAAUAAAAAUUUAGGGUUUGCAUUUACAACAUAAGUUUCCAAAAAUGUAAAAAUGAAAGACAAUAAAAAUUGCGAAU